UUGUGACUGCAACUCACGAUGACAGUUCGCAUCAGGACUGCGGAUGUUCUCAUGAAAAGUCUGGAUAUUUUAGAGGAAGCACGAUGGACGCGGCGGACAUAGUUGCUUCCGUUUUGGUUUUGGGGAUUAUUAUCGUAUCGUUGCUGUCCAACGUUGUGGUGCUGAUCUGCUUUCUUUACGACCCGGAGAUCCGCAAACAGGUACCUGGUCUGUUCAUUCUCAACCUGACGUUUUGCAACCUGUUGCUAAGCGUGUCCAACAUGCCACUAACUCUGAUCGGGCUCAUCACCACGGGCCAUCCCGGAGGCAGCGACUUCUGCCAAAUUGUGGGUUUCCUCGACACUUUUCUCACCACUAACUCCAUGCUCAGCAUGGCAGCUCUCAGCAUCGAUAGAUGGGUGGCGGUGGUGUUCCCUUUGAGCUACCACUCAAGAAUACGGCACCGGGAUGCAGUGUUAGCGUUGGCAUACACGUGGAUACACUCGCUUUGCUUCUCCACGGUGGCCACCUGUCGCUCCUGGGUUGGGUACCAUCACCUUUACGCAUCGUGCACUCUCUGCAAUGUCAGGGCGAGGGCAGCCGGGACGCAGUUCAUCAUCUUUACCGUGGCUUUGCACUCUCUCACUUUCCUCCUCACGCUGAUCGUGCUGUGUGUAACCUACCUGAAAGUGCUGAAAGUUGCACGGUUUCACUGUAAACGCAUAGACGUGAUCACCAUGCAGACGUUGUUGCUGCUUGUGGAUAUUCACCCCAGUGUUCGCCAGAAAUGCUUGGAUGAGCAGAGGCAGAGGAGGCAGAGGGCCAUCAAGAAGAUCAGUACUUUCAUCGGCACAUUUGUGGUGUGUUUCACCCCCUAUGUCAUUACAAGAAUUGUAGAGCUCUUCUCCCCGUGGCCUAUAAGUCCUCACUGGGGCGUGCUGUCCAAAUGUUUGGCCUACAGCAAGGCAGCCAGCGACCCAUUUGUCUACUCUCUGCUGCGUCACCAGUACAGGAAGACCUGCAACCUGCUGGCUAACAAAGUCCUCAAGAGGAGUCCACUCAACUCCUCCUCCCUCAGGAUGGAGAACACUGCAGCGCGGUGCCAAAACAACUCCAACACAACCAACAACAUCCAACCUACUGCCAACAAACCAGUGUGCCCGUGA